AAAACUAAUAAUAUAAAUCCUUUUUCUAUUUUAGGCCUGAUAACGACACUCAAAUUGACGCUGAACUUAAAUCAAUCAAUUUUAUUUUAUUUUUAUUUAUUUUAAAAUUAUGAAUCGCAUUAUGGGGCUGAGUGAUAACAUUGGCUCAACGCUGGCGCUUAUUGUUUUAACCACGUGGAUUUUUGGGUCAGGAGUGACUUGCGAUGAGCCUGAGACCAUGUCUAGACCCACGAGGCCAAAAAUGAUGGCCAGUUCCGAUGAACUGAGGAAAUUUUUAGACGUUGUACGCGAUUAUUAUACUGUCAGUAGUAAAGCAAGGUAUGGAAAAAGGGGAGUAAUCCCGGCGAUAAUUGUUCACGAUCGUCCCCACACACGUGUGAUUAUUGAUUCACUGAUGAAAACACUUGAAAGUGUUAAAAAUAAACAUCGAGAGCGAGAAAAAGUAUUUAAGAUUGAAAGAACAGCCGGCACCGGGCACAAAAGAUACCAUGAUAAUCGUGUUAAGCAAGAAAAUAAAAAAAAUAUAAAUAUUCAUACGAGAGUAUUAUUUAAUUCAUUAUUACGACGAUGGUUAUAUCAUUUUAAAAAUUAAUUUUAAUUUUUUUGG